AUGCCGGACUGUUGUUUAUGGUUAAAUCGGUUGCGUUGUUGUCGACGACGACAACAACAACAGCAGCAGCAACAGACUUAUAUCUAUUUAUAUAGUCCGACCAUGGCCGAUUCGUCUUCAUCGUCAUCAACAAGAUCGUCUUCGUUUUUAUUAAAUCGUCUUGCAUGCAUUCUUUUUGCGUUUUGCCUUGCCAUUAUUCUUCUGCUGACAGCAUUAGUUAUUUAUCAUUUGAACAAUAAUAUUUUCACUAUGUCGCCAAACGUCAAUUCUCAUUCGAAUAUAAUUGCAAUUGCAAAAAAACGGCAACUACAAGAUUUUGUCAAUUUGGAUGUUGAUCCAUGUGAAAAUUUUUACAAUUUUGUUUGUGACAAAUGGAUACAGCAGAGAAAAUCGAAAGAUAAUGGCGACUAUGAAAAGAAAAGGUCGCGCAUUCGACAUAAAAUACACGGUAAUAUCUCGUCAUCGCAACUAUCCAUUUUAAAAUUCUAUCAAUUAUGUGAAACACAACCAGCAUCUCAAUUAGUUGAUGAAUUAGAACGGUAUUUUGCUCGGCUCAGUCAGCAAGAACCAUAUCGAUCACAUUUAACUCUUUUCAAUCAAACAAAUUUAACUCAUUUCAUAUCUUUACCGAUCAUUUUUCAAUAUAAUCCAUUUUUCAAAAUAAUUCAUUCAUCAUCGAACAAUAAAAAAGAGUCAUUUUCGACUAUCAUUCGAACUGAUCAACGUUCUUUACCAUCACCUGCAGCUAUUUUUCACAGUGCAAUAAGAUUAAAUCAAACAGCAUUAGAAAAUCUCAUUAAAUUCGAUCAUAAAUAUACAAAAAUUUUACAACAAACAGAUCAUAGUAUUAAAUUCUAUGAACAAGAAUAUAGUCAAGAUUCAUUGAUUAUUAAACGAAUAUUAACAUUCAAAAAUUAUCAUCAAUGUCUUCCAUCAUUAAAUAUGACGAAUGGUUUAAAAAAUCUCAUUGGAUUAUUAAAUCAUUUUCUUCAAAAUCGCUUACGACAGUUUAAUACAAAAUUAAUCGAUAAACAAAUUCGUAUACUUGAAACGAUUACUGGCAAUCAUACACUAGUAGAACAUUUGCGACGUAUUCAAUUAGAAUUUAAAAUUAUCCAACAAAUAAUACCUUUGGAAAAUCAUUCUAUUGAUGAUGAUAAUAGUACUUGCAUUCUUAAUUUAUUCGAAAAAUUACUUGAUAAACGAAUGCAAUUAAGUGAAUUACCAUCAACUAUUGAUGUUUACUUUCAUAAUGCAAAACAAGAAUAUUUCAUUUCAAAUGAUUGGCCUUAUCUAAUCAUGUUAAGUGAUCGUUUAUUAAAAAUAGUACCAACAGAUACGCUUGUUAAUUUUGUUUUCUUUGAUUACUAUCGACAUUUUGUUUAUCCAUACUAUCAACCACAUGUUCAUCCUUCUAUUAAUUCAAGAACAAAUUAUACAAACAAAUCCUACACUUAUAUUUAUGAAACGGACGAUUCAAAUCUAUCGUGUUACGUUGGUGAUUGUUUUGAUAUUUUGAAUUGCUAUCACCCAUCAUUAAUUAAUCAAUUAAUGGACGAUAAAAAUCAAAUUGUUCUUGAUUCAACAAGAAAAAGUGUUGAAAAUUUGAUAAAUCGUUUUCGCUUGUUAAUUGAACAUUCAGAUCAUUUAUUUACUGAAGAAAAGAAAAAAUUAAUUAAAGAAUUAAAUCAAAUAAAAAUUGUUCUUGGCCAUUAUUCCACCCCAGUCCAAAGUAUUCCUAAUCAGAAUCUAUCUUCGUAUCUUGGCUAUGUUGAAUUAUUUUCGUCGAUGUCAUAUGAUCAACACGAACAUUCAUAUGCUAUGGAACCAAUUUAUAAUUCAAUGAAUCAUACACUGUUUCUUCCGUAUGGUUUUAUUUACUUAUCAAAUCAUUCAAUUGAAUAUUCUUUGAUGAAAAUUUUAUUAACAAUUCUUUCUAAACCAACUCAAUCAAAUCCAUUUCAUAUUGAAUGUUUAAUAAAAUCUUUUGAUGAUUCAAAUACAACAAUGAUUGAUAUCGAUGAUGAACACACAAUUUAUCUAUUAUAUCGUUCAAAAUUUUUGUUUGAACAAAAUAUAAAUCUUGAUGAAUAUUUAUGGCCAUUUAUGAGUGCAAAUUCAUUAAUGAAACGAUUUCUUAUUGAUUAUACAGCAAAUAACUAUUGUCAUAGUUUACAUUCUUACACUUUGUUUCGAAACAAUACUUAUCUAAUGGAUGAUGUGUAUCUAGUAUUUCACUGUCCACAAGCAAGUUCAAUUGAACAAUUGAAAUGUAGUGUUCAUUGA